AUGUCAGUAGCUUCACCGAUUCAAUGUAUCAGGAUUCUAAAUCCAUCUUCUUCUUCUUUAUCAUCAUCUUCGUCGACAGCUUCGUCGUCGUCUUUUAGAUUCUCAACGAGUAAGCCAUGUGUACUCAUCAUCAGAUGUUCUCAAGCCGAAGGUCCAUUGAGAAGACCCUCUGCUCCUCCUACUCUCCGUGAGCCUUCUCCUCCGCAAAAACCUGUUCCUCCUCAAUCGCCGUCUUCUUCUUCUCCUCCACCGCAACAGCCGCAAAAAUCGGUGGCUGCUGUUGACGGUAAGAGUGCAAUCACGGUGGAGUUUCAGAGGCAGAAGGCUAAAGAGCUUCAGGAUUACUUUAAACAGAAGAAGCUUGAAGCUGCUGGUCAAGGUCCUUUCUUUGGUUUCCAACCCAAAAACGAGAUCUCUAAUGGAAGGUGGGCUAUGUUUGGUUUCGCUGUCGGUAUGCUGACAGAGUAUGCAACAGGCUCAGAUCUGGUCGAUCAAGUGAAGAUCCUCCUCUCCAAUUUCGGCAUUCUAGACUUGGAAUAA